AUGGUGGGUGGUCGUUGUCGCUCCUCAGUAGUUACUAUGGUUGUUGCCUGUGCGAGGUUUUGCGAUCAGCGGACGGGCUGUCUGUCGCGUAGUGGCCAAAAGCCCCAAGUGAUAAAAAUUGCGAUCCACACAUCCCGGACUGGAAAUGGGGAAGAGGGAGAGAGAUCCAAUGUCUACGCAAGCCUUGCAAGGCUAAGGCAGUUCCGUAGCUUUGGCCGGAGGGCGGCUAUGACGAUGGCGGAACACGCGGACCCCGACGGAUAG